ACUCAAGAGACUUCGUAGAGAAGAUAAGGGCCAUCAAUGUAAGAGAAGAAGAUUUAUUAGUCUCCUUUGAUGUGAAGUCGUUAUUCACGAAGGUCCCAAUAGAAGACACGUUACAACUUAUGAAACAUAUGCUGAACCCAGAAGAGAUGAAAUUGGCGGAAUUAUGUUUGAAGACCACGUAUUUUCUUUUCAAUGGAAAAUAUUACAAACAAAUAGAAGGCGCAAGCAUGGGAUCUCCUCUAAGUCCACUAGCGGCAGAAGUUUUCAUGGAAGACUUUGAAAAAAGAGCGUUAGCGUCAGCAAAGAUGAAGCCAACUCACUGGUUCAGAUAUGUUGACGACACAUUCGUCAUUUGGCCCCAUGGAAGAGAGCACCUAGAUACAUUCUUCAAAUAUAUAGAUGAAUUUCAUACAAACAUCAAGUUUACUAUGGAAAUAGAAAAGGACGGAAUACUCCCAUUUCUGGAUGUCAAGAUAGAAAAAGCAAACGGAAGAUUGGAACAUACUGUCUACAGAAAGCCAACCCACACAGAUAGAUACUUGAACGCAGCUUCGCAUCACCACCCGGCCCAAAAGAAUACCCUGAUUAGAACCCUGAUGAAUAGAGCUCUCCGUAUUGCAGAACCAAAACAUUUUAAAAAAGAAGAAAGGCACCUGAAAACAGCUUUAAGGAAAAAUGGUUACGGCGAUAAUGAAAUAAAGAAACAGUUUACAAAGGCAAAAUCGAAUCAAAGAAGAGAUAAAGUAGAUGAGAACCGGCCCAAUAAGAAGAAAGUUAUAAUACCAUAUAUAAAAGGAACAACGGAAAGGAUAGCCAAAACCUUGAGAAAAUUUGACAUAGAAACGAUUUUUACAACUGAUCGAAAAAUAGGCCAAAUGUUAAGAAACCCCAAGGAUAGUCUUCACCUCAGAACUCCUGGUAUCUACAGUAUCCCUUGUUCUUGUGGAAAAGAGUACAUUGGACAAACCGGAAGAUUAAUACGUACCAGAUUGAAUGAGCACAUGAACAACAUCAAAAAUGUGAACACGGAAAAAUCAGCGGUAGCUGAACACUUCUACAGAACCAAUCACGUCAUCGAAUUUGACAAGGCAAACGUCUUAGCAAGCAUAGACAAUUACCAACAGCGAGUUAUAAGAGAAGCCAUUGAAAUUGUGAAGCAGCCACAGAAUUUCAACAAAGAAGAUGGAUACAAAUUAAGCAAGCUAUGGCAUUCCAUCAUUCCUCUAAGAAAGCCAAAAAAAGAAGAGACGCCAACCGAUACCCGGAAAGAAGAGGUUGAAGUUACGCG